GCAACAUCUUCCUGAUAGUCAAUCAUUUCAUUUUUUUCUAAGUCUUCUACUUAAUCUUUUUAUCUUAGUUUUGUUCUUUCAACUACUUAUAUGGUUUUCUGUAUUUAUGGCUAACUGGAAAACACAAACUUCGGAGUUCUAUCCUACAAACAUACUUUGAUAAUAAAAUGAAUCUUUGGACAACCAGCACACCCAAGGGUGCCUUGGAUCCAGUUCACAAGUCGCCACACAUUGAGUGCGAACAUAGCAUGCCCAGAAUGAUCCACAGAACACAGAACUCAAGCAAACAGAACAAAAGCAACGUAUCGUUUAAAAAAAUAGGAGGCAGAUAGAUAAACAGAUCAAACAGCGAGUUUAAAAACAUCCAAAUUGUGUACGUGUUUCACAAUACAGUAUAUAAAGAGUUUUUACUGACGUACAGUUGACCAGAAAGAAAUGAAGUUAACACUGGAGAUAUGAAAUACAUGAACGGCAGUAUUUCGGCUUCUGUCAAUGGCGUUCAUGUAUACAGUAGUUUUCAAUAAUACAGGGAAACCUGUUGUAUUUGCUAUAUCUCCGAAGAUAUCUCCUUUUAUGUAAGCAAAAAGUCCAAAAAACAGAAACACAAUUGAAAAUACUGGUAUUUGAAAAUGAAACAGAUGUAGAUAGAGGAAACACUUAAUAAGUCAGGUAGAACUUAUGGAGAGAGAAAGACUUAACAUUUCGGGUCCAGGUCUUCUAUAAUCUGAAGAAGUUGGAGAUCGAAUCAAAAAAGCCGAUUCUAUGUCUACAGGUGCAACCUGACCUGUUUAGGAGCUUUUAAUUUCGCUUUUCCAGCUUCUGCAUUUUCUUGCUUCUUAAACUGAUUUUAAUCACGUACUGAGACGAGGCGAAAAAUCUCAACCGUUUAAAUUACUCCCAAUGCCAAGGUCAGAAGGCUACCGACCGCUCCACGUGCGUAAUCGAAAAAUGAUGUGGUCUUCCUAGAACUUGAAUCAUGCUUCACGGUUUUUUUCAGAGGAUUCUCGUCAGAGUAAUAUUCAAAGGAUCUAUUUAGAAAUUACGUCCGUCUCCGCUUUCCUCUAGAGGUCACAGUGUUCGCACCGUUAGCAAUGACUGCUGCAAUUUAACCUGCUUCACGGACACGGAGGCCUCCCCAGUCAGGUUACAAUUAAUGUUAAUCUCGAGGUUGCAGCGUCCGAUCGGGUUUGAAUGAACGACUGGGUUAAUGCAGGAUCGGUUCGGCAACGGAGUGGCUGGUGUGCAAGAGAAAGGACACAAAGCGUGUCCAGUGCAGGUUGGAGUGAGGGAGCGCGCGCGGGCGCGGGCGCGCCGGGUCCGCCUGUCAAUCUCCGAGUCCGUGCGGGCGAGGGGCUUUGUCCCCAGAAGUAGGGAGCAGCGAUAGCUGCCAGCGGGGCACCGCGCACCAAAGUUCCCCUCGGAAGCACAUUAAAGGGACACGGGAGAUUUAUUUUCUUAAAGCAGGCAAACAUUUCUCUUCUGACUCCUGCCCGUCCUGAUGAAGGGUCUCUGCCCAACAUGUCGACUGUACUCGUUUUCCAUAGAUGCUGCCUGGCCUGCUGAGUUCCUCCAGCAUUUUGCGUGUGUGGCUCUAUAGCUGUCUUCUCUGUCGCUCAUCAAUAACCACUAAUAAGAUCUACUUAACGAAGCUUGUUCUCUGACUACGAAAGGAACAGUUUGCUUGUCACAAUUUUGGAUGAUUGUGAAGAGCUUACAUGAGGUAACAGCAGGUGAAAGCAACCAUCUCAGUGGUUUUUGAGUCAAGAAAUGGGCCAAAAAAUCUCAGGGAAUAUAAAGUCUGUGGAUGUAAGGGAACCAGCCUACAGACCUGUUAAGCGAGAAUUACGAGGUCCUGACUUUUGCAAACCAACUCGGCUUGAUAUGCUACUGGACAUGCCAUCAGCUUCUCGAGAAGUUCAGCUCAAGCAUGCCUGGAAUAAUGAAGACCGUUCCCUGAAUAUUUUUGUAAAAGAAGAUGACAAGGUAACCUUUCACAGACAUCCAGUUGCCCAAAGCACAGACUGUAUUCGAGGUAAAGUAGGGUAUACUCGAGGCCUUCACGUCUGGCAGAUUCACUGGCCCACUAGACAACGAGGAACACAUGCAGUUGUUGGAGUGGCGACUUCAGAAGCUCCAUUGCAUUCUGUGGGAUACACCUCCUUAGUUGGCAGCAAUAAUGAAUCGUGGGGCUGGGAUCUGGGUCGCAACAAACUGUAUCACAACAGUAAAAAUCAACCAGCAUCAACUUACCCGGUGUUUCUGGAGCCAGAUGAAUCUUUUGUUCUGCCAGAUAGUUUCUUGGUGGUUUUGGACAUGGAUGAAGGAACAUUGAGUUUCAUAGUGGAUGGACAGUAUCUAGGUGUGGCCUUCAGAGGACUAAAAGGGAAAAAACUGUACCCAAUAGUCAGUGCAGUCUGGGGGCACUGCGAGAUAACAAUGAGGUACAUCAAUGGACUAGACCCGGAGCCGUUGCCUUUAAUGGACUUAUGCCGAAGAUCCAUUCGCCUUUCUCUUGGCAGAGAGCGACUGCAUGAAAUAGAAACGCUACCAAUGCCGAUUUCCCUGAAGAAUUAUUUACAAUACCAAUGAUGAGAAAAAACUGGUACUAAGUUUAAAAAUCAAUGCAAAGAGAUGGAAAACUAGAGUUUACAUCCUAUUUUAAUAUGUGGAGGACACCGUAGUUGUUUGAAAUAGUGACUUCCAUAUAGACUAUGUUUAGCAGAAACAGAAUUAGGAGAUUCCAUCUUCUGAAGUAAGAGAAUUAUUUCAAACAGUGUUUAAAGAAUUUCUUAUUUUAACAGAAAAAGAGUACCUCAUGAUAUUCUCUUCAUCCAAGAAGCCUUUAUAUGCAUAUGUAAUUUAGCUAGUCCCUUUAAACUACAUUGUUCACAUGCAUUCUGUGAUAUUAACCAGGUAGUCUUGCAAUUGUUCAUCCACCCCCUCCCCCCAUUUAAAAUUGAACACGCAAGUUAAAAAGAUUCUUGAUUUUGAUAAUCAGUUGAUGCACACCAUCAAGGGGGCUAUUAAAAUAGCUAAGUGCAAAGAUACUGGCAUGAAUACAUUAACUAUGCUAUUAAUUUCAGCAUGAUUGAUUUGAGAUCUGGCUGUUCAGGUACAGUGAAAAUGUAUGCCUCUGAACUUGUAUGCAAGAGCUUCUAGUGGCAAAUAUCCUCGGGAAGCUUUGAAUGAAUUUAAAAACACCGCUGGAAGAUCACACAAAAUUCAAUCUUACAAAGCUCAAGUCACUUUUUUAAAUGAACAAAGUUUUGCAAAAGCCUUUACUUCAUUCAGGCUUGUAAACUUUGUUUACUGCAAUGUACUGUUGUGUGUGGAAUAGUUUGUCUGUGCAGAAUGUGUGAGACUCUGCUCCAUACCAGUCCUUACACAGGUGGAGUUAAGUCAUUUCACUGCUGCUCAGACCAGAACUUUUUAAGAUGCUGCUGCUUAAUUUGGAUCUGUUUUAAUAGUGUCUGCCUGAUCAAUUUAUUUAGUUUUUAAACUGGAACUUGUUGCAGUUGUAGGAUGUCGAAUGUAAGGAUGGUGUUGCCUUCAGAGUUUAAAAUGUGAAUUCACUGAAUGACAAAGUUUCUAAUAAAGUUUACUGUCGCAAUGAAAUUGUUCCAAUACAUGCUUUACAAUGUGUGUGUCUGUGUCUGUUUUCUACAGCUAACUGCUAGAAAGAGAUGUAUUAGUUGA